CAGUUGUCUUGUGUGGCCAUGUUAUCUUUUCUCGGAUCGUAAUGUGUUGUCUGGGAAUAAUCUGAGAUGACCUGGAACAACCUGACAUUCAAAAACUGUCAUAGGUCUGAAAUGUUAUGUUUUCAUACUGAUAUGCAGUUUUCUCAUCAAUUACCUUCCAUAAUCAAUAUUAAUCAAAUAACAGCUGAGGAAGAUGAAGAUAAUUUCAUUUACCAGAUUAGAGAGGAGCUUAUUGAAAAUGUUAUGAAACAUGUUGAUGUCAUUGAAGAUAAACACAGACUCAUUAAAUUUGUGGCAAAUUGUGCUUAUGAUGCACUUACCAAACUGCUCACAAUUGAGUUUUAUCAUCAUAGUCCUGUGAUUAAUCCAACUGAAGGAGCAUGGGUACCUGAUAAACCACUUAUGCCUUCUGAACCAGAUACUUGGGCUGCAAAUAACAUACCAAUCAUCCCAAAAUAUAAGAUGGAAGAGUCUGUUGUGGAUAAGCCUAGAGAAGAACCUCAACCUGUUUGUACUUGCUCACUUGGUGUGAUAUGUGAGUGCCACAAAAAGUUGGAAGAGCGUAUACUCCAGCUAGAAUCUUUGGAAAACCUCGAACCAGGUGAAAGUGGCAGUAGCGCUACAUCAGGCUCGAACAUUUCAUUGACUCAAACGCCCUCUGAGGAAUCGCUAACUCCUCCUGUUUCUGUAGAAUCAGAGGACUUAGGUCCUGAGGUCAUAGAACCUGAUCCAGACAAAUGUGAUUUGGGAGGAGUGGUGAAGAUCGACAGUGUGCAGACUCUGGUGUUACCUAAAAUUAAUAUAGCAACCACGUCUGCUUCGGAAUUUCUACCGCAAUCCAAGAUCGUUGUUCUGCCUCCUAUAAGGGUUUCUGCUCAUUUUGAUGGCAAACCGGAAGAAGACAAAAAGAGAAGAGGCGAUAAAAAGAAGAAGCAAUAAAUGUAAUCAAUUCAUAAACUUGGUGCGUGCACCAUAACUAUCCAAAAUUGCAUUCUCUUUCCGAUGUUUGAAGACCAAACUUAACACAUCUCCUCAUAAUUCAUAGGAUUAUAGAUUACACUGGACAAC